AUGCCCCCUCCCGAGCCCUCCGGUAAGAUGAUGACGAUGGAUGUGCGCGUGGGCGGGCGAUACCGGAUCGGCCGAAAGAUUGGCGCUGGGGCUUUUGGGGACGUCUACAUGGCCAAGGACGUCGUUUCCGACGAAGAAGUCGCGGUCAAGCUCGAGUCGGUGACGGUCAAGCAUCCCCAGCUCGAGUAUGAGGCCAAGGUGAUGAGGACCCUGGCGGGCGGGGUGGGGGUUCCGAUGAUUCGAUGGCACGGUACCGAGGGCGAUUAUACCGCCAUGGUCGUCGAUCUCCUCGGUCCCUCCCUCGAAGACCUCUUCCGCUUCUGCAACCGCAAAUUCUCACUCAAGACGGUCCUCCUACUCGCGGACCAGCUCAUCGCGCGCACCGAGUACAUUCACUCCCGCAACGUCUUUCACCGGGACAUCAAGCCCGACAAUUUCCUCAUGGGCAUCGGGAAACGGGGGAACCAGGUCAAUAUCAUCGAUUUCGGCCUGGCGAAGAAAUAUCGCGAUCCAGCGACCGAGGUGCAUAUCCCGUAUAGAGAGAACAAGGGGCUGGCGGGGACGGCGCAGUAUGUCAGUUUGAAUACGCAUUUGGGGGUGGAGCAGUCGAGACGGGAUGAUCUGGAGGGGCUGGGGUAUGUGUUCAUGUACUUCCUCCGUGGGGGCUUGCCGUGGCAGGGUCUGAAAGGAGCGACCAAGAAGGAGAAGUUUGACCGCAUCAUGUUCAAGAAAAUGUCCACACCCACCGAAAUCCUCUGCAGAGGCUUCCCCACCGAAUUCGCCACAUACCUGAACUACGCCCGCUCCCUCCGCUUCGACGACAAGCCCGACUACAUCUACCUCCGCAAGCUCUUCAGAGACCUCAUGGCCCGCGAAGGCAUCGCUUACGACUACAUCUUUGACUGGAGUGUCAAGCCGUUGCCUCAGACGUCACCUCUGGUCCAGCCGCAGCCUCAGCCUAAUUCGGAGCCUCAGUCGGAGGUGGUCGAAGACCAGGAGACUGCGCCCGCUCCAGCUCCAGCUUCGGUGCAAGUUACAUGA